UUCUUGCUCUCUGAUAUGUUCAGCUUUCAAGUAAACGCUCAGAUUAAAUCAGUUCUGCUCUCAGGUUAAAUAUCUUCUCUUUCAGCAUGAAUCUACACGAUGAAGACCUGGAACAGACUCGAGGAGGCAGCAGUUCCUGCAGACCUGCAGGUGGUUUAUGGAUGACUGAUUAGUGACAUAAACAAUGCCAAAGGUUACCUGCAGGAAACAGGAAGUGACCUGCUGCAACAGUUCUGAUGAAGGACAGAAGCAUAAAAACGGUCAUUGUUUUCACUGAAGCAUGAAAACGAUGGUUUUAUUCUGAAGAAGUGGCUGAUCUCCAGAGACUGACUGAACUGUUCCAGGUUCUUCUGGUUCUGGAAGUGAUUAUGCUUCGAAGAAGCGGAGCCCAAACUAGAAGAUGCUGGUUGGAGAUCCAGCAAUCUUGCUAUCUGUCCUCCGCUCCAGCACCACCUGAACUCCGUAGAUUGCAUUACCCAGCAAGCAGCAGAAGCAGACAGGGCCAGGCGGGCCAGGAGUCGGGUCAGCUGAGCCCGGCACAGAUCAACAGAAUCUUGAAGGCCAACGAACACAGCCACACCCUGCCCAGAGGCCCCGCCUCCCAUGGAGUGCUGGGUUUCCAUAGCAACACACUUCCCUCUAACCACCCCAGUGAGGAUCGACGGAGCAGCGCCACCUGCCUGCUGGGUCGGGGCGGGGUUCUGUUCGGUGUGUUUGACGGCCAUGCAGGUCCGUCAUGUGCUCAGGCCAUCAGCCAGAGGCUCUUCUACUACUUCACUGUGGCCAUGCUGCCACUGAGAACGCUGCAGGAACUGGACCGGGCCGUGGAGGAGGACCGGGCAGUACCACCGCUGUUGGAGUGGCACAAACACCCCCAGGAUCACAGCAGCCUCGAUGGCGGCGCCAUCUCCUUCCACAGCCUCAGGAACUACUGGCAGGAGAGGCUGGAUGAGGAUGACGAAGAGGACAACGAGGAUGAUGGCAGAGUGACAUCAGCACUGAUGGAUGCGUUCAGACGUCUAGACUAUGAUGUGUCUGUGGAGGCUCAGGUUCACCUGUCCCUGUCCUCUCCCAGACGGGUGUCCAUCCCUGGGGAAGGCUUUUCUCUGUCCUCUCCCCUCCGGGUGGCGCUGUCAGGCUCUACUGCUUGUGUUGUUCACGUCUCCAACGGCGUCCUGCAUGUGGCCAACCUGGGGGACAGUCGGGCAGUCCUUGGAGUCCAAGAAGGGGACGGGCGCUGGUCGGCGCUGAGCCUCACCAACGACCACAAUGCUCAGAACCCUGAAGAGCUACAAAGGAUUCUGGGGGAGCACCCGGCUUCGGAGAGGAAGACGGUGGUCCGUCAUGACAGGCUGCUGGGUCUGCUGCUACCCUUCAGGGCUUUCGGAGACGUUCGCUUCAAAUGGAGCCCGGAGAUGCUCAGUCGACUUUACGACACACGUCCAGAUGUCCUGUCUGCCGUCAGCGAGUCGGUGCGGACUCUGCCGCCUCAUUACCUGACCCCGCCCUACCUGAGCGCCCAACCUGAGGUCACGCGACACCUCAUGAAGCCUGCAGACAAGUUUCUGGUCCUGGCAACGGAUGGACUGUGGGAGCUCAUGCACCGGCAGACGGUGGUCCAGCUGGUUGGAGACCAUGUGGCAGGUCUUCAGCAGCAGAGGCCCAUCGUCCCCAGCGCUGACACCACCCUGGGCAGCCUGCAGCGCCUCCUGCUGGAGCGGAGGGGUCGAGUCCAGUCGGUCCUGGAGGACCAGAACGUGGCCACCCACCUGCUGCGCCACACCCUGGGUGAUGACGGGUACGGAUCCGUGGACCAGAACCGCUUGGCCCGGAUGCUGAGUCUGCCAGCAGAUCUGGCCCGCAGGUACCGUGAUGACAUCACAAUCACAGUGAUCCACCUGAAUGACCUCUGAGGUCAGAUAAAGGUUCCUGUUGUUUAAAGAAACAAACUUACUUAAUUUUGAUGAACUGGACCAGCAGGGUUCUGAUGGACACAUCUGCAGUCAGCAGCAGUAUCAGAACCAGUGACAGAUCAUGGUUCUAUUAAUGGACUCAUUCUGCUUCAUGUAGCUCUAAUGGUUUCAAAUCAAAGGAGUGAACCAGAACUAUCUGCAGGGAAGUCCAAAGUCAGUCCCCCAGGUCCGGUUUCUUCCAUGUUUUAGUUUUUCAACUACCUUCUUAGCAGGUCAAAGUUCUGCAGAGGUUCUUCUAACGAGCCAUUAGAAGAUCCAGGUGUUAAACCAGGGAGAGAACUAAAGGUGCAUUCACACCAGCCCUUAUCAGUCUGCUUUUAUCAAACUCCAGUCCACUAGUUUAGAAAGUCCAGUUCAGUUGGUGAGGUGUGAAUGCUAAGAUAACUCUGGACCGACUAGAAACCUCGGUCUGGGUUUGGUUGAAGUGAACUCUGGUACGGUUUGAAUGCAUAUGUGAACACCAGAGACUACUCCAACUG